AAUUCUAUAUAGCGUUGUUCUGUCGCACUUGUUGCAUAUUUUUUUGUAGCUGCUUUCAAAUUUCAAUAUUUAUUUAUUUAUUUCUUUCUGUGUUAUUUGACUAUCUUCACCACCCAUAUCGUUCAAUUUAUAGCAAAAAUCUUCCUCCCAGAUAAACCGGCAUUGAUAUCCAUAACCAUAAUAAUAGGUGCUUGCAAAAAUGUUAAAAAAUUUGAAAACAUUCGCUGAUAUCCCAUCAUUAAAAUCAUACCCAUUACUUGGCCAUACAUAUUUAUUCUUACCAGGCGGGGCCUAUCAAGCGGAAAGAUUAACAGAAGCCGUCUUAGAUAUCAGUAAGCAACUUGGGCCAAUAUUCAGACUAAACCUGGGAGGCACAAAUAUGGUUAUAACAACGGACGCAGAUAACGCGGAAGCUAUGUAUCGAAACGAAGGAACAAAGCCCAUCAGACCUCCUUUUCCGGCUCUCCAUCAUUAUAGGAAGAAAGCCUUCAAUAGCGUUGGGGUGGUACCAGGAAACGGAGACGAGUGGUACAAAUUCAGAGGAGGCGUCACGCCAUUAUUGAAACCCAAAAUGUUGGAACGAUUCAUCGAACAACAGGAGGAUGUUGCUGCUAAGUUCGUGGACUAUAUCGAAAGCUCUGUAGACGAGAGGGGGGUUUUGAACGAUACCAUGGAGCACCUUCUGAAGUUUGCCAUUGAAGCAAUUUCUGUUGUUUGUCCUGGCGAGAGAUUUCACUGCAUCUCGAAGAGUGAUCCAACGACUGAGGCUAUCAAAACUGCCAGUAAAGAGUUCAUGGACGGGCUUUACAAAACUCUGAUUGGUCCCCCUUUGUGGAAAUUAUUUGAAACGUCAGGGUACAAGUUGUUGAAGUCUUCUCACGAAACUAUCCACAAGAUAAUGGAAAGCCACUUGAAUAUCACAAGGGAACAAUACAACAUCGACCCCUUCGUAGUGCAAAAUAAAUACCCCUUCAUGUAUUCCUUACUUAACAAUAACAAAUUAACCGAAGAGGAUUGUGUUAUGUUGGCAAUGGAAGUAUUUUUUGGAGGGAUUGAUACAACAGCCACAACAACAGCUUUAACUUUGUUUUAUUUAGCGAAAAGCAAGGAAGCGCAAAAGCAGGCAAAACAAGAAUCUCGUACUGACUGCUCCACGUACCUGAGAGCGUGCGUGAAGGAAACUUUGAGGCUGUCUCCAACUGCCGGGGCAAACAGCAGGUUUCUCGUUCAGGACACUCCAAUAGGAGGAUAUUUGAUUCCUAGGAAUGUACGUAUGUAA